UCUAGUUCAUUUCACGUAUGUGGCCGGCAAGACAACAGAGGCGCCCAUCCUGGUCUGAUCGUGGUCCCCUUAGUGCCACGCACGGGCGGAGAAACGGCAGCACCUUUGCAGAUCAUAGAGAUGAGUCAGCAGGCCGCAAUGCAAGCCACCACUCUCGUGGAAACUCUCAGGGCCAUGCACAUCUGCGGGUGUUGUAAAAAAAGCAUCACCACUUCUACAGGCGCCAUGUGCGGCAGCAGGGGAAGCAAACCCAUCGCGCCCAUGGAACGCCGACACGUGAAGGGGAGCAUCAAACGCAUCAAGCGCAUGGAACGCAGAGUGGAAGGAGGAGAUCGACUACACCUUCCUGGGGGAGGGGGGGGGGAAGGGCUCCUGGCAGAGGGGUAGGGGGGACUACCCCUUACGUCGCGUGCCCCGUGAGGGGGGUGUGGCCCUUUGGCCCCCCCCCUGGGGCCGAGCUUGACGCAUGUGAGAGCGAGAAGCAUCUCGGCUGGUCGUCUGGCCUAUGCAGGGUAAGACCACCCAAAAACAAAAAAAAAAAACAAAAUCGAACAAACAAGCUGCAAGGAGAGGCUCCUGCCCCAGUCCGCAGCACGCCGAGGCAGAGCCCACGCGGCAAACGGCAGCGAGGGGAUCGGACUCGGACAGCGGCAUCGGCGAAUCGUGGCAGCACACCGCCCUUCGGGAGCUAGGUCCCGACACAGAGGCGCCGAGAACUUGGAGGCCAGGCCGUUCACCCCCCCCCCCCGGCCGAGCGGCGGAGCCUCUGGAGUGCAGGAUGCCGCCUGCUCCCACGGGAGGGGGUGCGCGGCAUGGCCCGCUCAAAAAAAAACUGGUGGACGCCUCACGAGGAGGAGGAGGAGGAGGAGGAGGAGGAGGAGGAGGAGGAGGAGGAGGAGAGGAGGGGAGGAGAGCGCGCUCAGCCGCGGCCGCGGCGGCGGGGAGCAUCCCCCCGGAGGCCAGCCGCCGUGCCCUAAACUCGCCCGUCUGAUUGCCACCACGCCCGCCGCGCCUACAGCUGCUGCGCCCCCCUCCUGGGGCCUCCUUCCCAGACCCCCGACGUCGGAGUCUUUUACAACGCCAGCCUCGUGUGACGAGCACUCGCGCAACCCAUACCAUGCUCGCGCCACGAAGACUGCGACAAGCCUCCCGUCGUGGUCUGCCGCCCCCGCGCGCGGGGCCCCG